GUCACCAGUGCCCUGCAGCCACUGGAUCCUGCUGUCUACUACCUGAACUCAGCUGGUGGAGACACGUUCACCACGGUAUCAUGGCUGCUGCUGGGGCUGCGGUGGCUGUUGCCUGUGGCCAGCGUUUCUGCCAUGCUGGACGACAUGGUCAAGCGGGUGUACGAAGUGGUCAGCAUUGAGGUGCAAGAUGUGGAUGAAUGUUUGCACGAUGAACUCCACACCUGCUCUGGAGGGGCGCUGUGUCGAAACGUGGAGGGCUCCUACCAGUGUGUCUAUCCCCAGGAGUCUCCAGCCUCACAUCCCCAGGAGCUGAACCACACAGGCGAAGAUUGUCCUCCAAUUUGUGAUUUCCUGGCCCUCAACGUCAGCAGCACUAGUUUCCACGUGUCCUGGAGUUUCAAUUCCACGCAGAACCGCACUUUCCAGGUGCAGGUGUACAGGGGCGAGGAGCUGCUCAGAAGCACCUGGACCAAUGGCCUGACCCUGGCAGUGGCCGGGCUGGAGGCCGGAGUGCUGUAUGGGGUGAGGACCAGCUACCAGGGCUGCGGGGCCAACAUGUCUGCCACACUGGCAGUCAAGACUGAUGCUCGGGUUUUUGGAGUCACAAUAAGGAUCAUAAACCACAACCUGACAGAGCAGUUGCUCAACUGCAGCAGUGUGGAAUUCCAGGACUUCUCCCAACAGCUGCUGCUCGAGGUGGCACACUCCUUCCCGCCAGCCAUCUCUGACCUGUACAGACGUGGGAAGCUGAGGAUGCAGAUCACAUCUCUCCAGGCGGGGAGCGUGGUGGUGAGACUCCGACUCACAGUACAAGACCCUGAGUUUCCAGUAGGCGUCUCCACACUGUCCCCCAUGCUCCAGAUUCUGUCUGCAAGCACUGUUUUCCAGAUUGACCAGCAGAGGACGCUAGUGCAAGACUGGGAUGAGUGUGCACACAGCUCAGAGCACGACUGCUCACCAGCUGCCCGCUGCAUCAACCUGGAGGGCUCUUACACCUGCCGGUGCCACACGGCCAGGGAUGCCAACCCUUCCCGGGCUGGCCGCACCUGUGAGGGUGACAUGGUGAGCCCCACAAAAAGUGGGCUGUCUGCAGCAACAAGGGUCACGGUCCCAGUUCUCAGCAUGGAAACAACAACACUUGGCCCAGAGAUUUCUACCUUGUCACCCAACCCUACCAGGUCCCCACCAGGCACCCCAGUAACAGGUCAGGCCCAGACUCCAGGGCCUCCAUCCAGGAGAGGCAGUGUUGGCAUGGAUGGACAUGAAAGAAACACUACAGGGCAAGGCAUGGAGGGGGAGGUGCCCAGUGUGGCCCCAAGCCUGGGGACAGGCCAUGGCAGCACCAGCGGGGUGACCAGCACCACCUCCCCAACAGCUCCUGGGACAACCCAUGACUCCUCUCAAGGGGACACAGAUGGCCCUCUGGACCCUCCUAGACAGUUACUGGGAAACUCCACCAUGGAGCCACCCUCCCAGCCUAUCCCUACCCAGGGCCCCACAGACCAUAUUGUGUGGCACACCAGCAUCCUCACUCAGGAGACAACUCUGAACUCCACAAGGCUGAGGAAUGAAGACCUGGGACCUUCCCCCUUCCCAGAUCUGCCGUUGAUCCCCACACCUGUGUCCCUGAAGCCCCCUGACUGUGUUCUUGGCCCCAUCAGAAGGGUCACGGUCUCCAAUGUGACCAGCACUGGUUUCCACCUGGAGUGGAUGGUGAAUCUCACCCUGAGCCCCACCUUCCAUCUCACUCUGGUCUCUCCUGGGAGCCCCGCUGUGGUCGUGGAGACCCAGGACACAAGUGUGACGUUGUCGGGGCUGGAGCCCGGUGUUCUACACCUGGUCGAGAUCAUAGUCAAAGCAUGUGGGAAAGAAGGUGUCAGUGCACACCUGAAAGUGAGGACUGUGGCCCAGAAACUCAGUGGCAAAGUCAGAGUGGCAAACGUCAGGUACACAGAGUCCUUCCGCAACGCCAGCAGCCAGGAGUACCGGGAUUUCGUGGAGCUCUUUGUCGGGAUGGUGCGGGGCUCCCUGCCAGCCACGCUGUGUCAGCACAUGGACGCGGGCGGGAUCAGAGUGAAUGUCACCAGCAUCACCAACGGCAGCGUCCUGGUGGAGUUUACCUUGCUGAUAACUGCAGACCUGGAUGUUAGGGAGGCGUCUGCCAUGCUCCUCACCGCCCUGCAGAACGCGUCUCUGCUGGAGGUUGUCAGAGACGACACCUCCAUCCAGG